AUGGCCAAUAUUGAAAACAGCCUGGAAACUGAUGAAGUGCUCGAGGAGGAGGGGACAGAGCUGGAGUUAGAAGCGCUGUACAGAAGAUAUUGCGUCAGAUUGAAGCACGCAUUGUUCGUGUCAGCUCUGUGCGUCACAUUGCUCUGUACAUUAGUGCUUUUGUGUGCUGUGUGCGUUCUACAUUCACAGGAUUUAUCAGCGCAAGUGAUAGCGAUAUCAGCGCUAUCAGUGAUCAUCUUCAUACUAUUGUCAGUGCUGGCAUUAGCGCUGUUGCCAGCGGCGGCUGAAUGGGAGGCUUUUGCGCUGACCGGGUCAGUCCUGGUAACAGUGAGUCUUGGAGCUGGUACUCUGAUGGCCACUCAUCAUGCUCCAUUGCCGCUCUUUGCACUUAUAUUGAUGGUGCAUACAAUGAUGCCCAUAGCUCGAUCCAUAGCUUUAGUCAUGGCGACAGCGCUUACCCUGGCUUAUAUGGGUCUAGCGAUAGGCCUGGGCCCUCAAGGGCAGGAAGACCAGUUCUAUCAGCAGCUGAUCUGCGAACUGGCACUCCUAAUGUCAGCCAGCGGCAUCGGUCUGUACUACCGGGCGCUUACAGAAAGAGCUCAUCGGGACACCUUCGCUGGUACCAGAACUUGCUUGGAGCAGCGGGUGAAGCUGGAGUGUGAACGAGAGCAACAAGAGAGUCUAUUGCUCUCUGUCAUACCUGCUUACAUUGCUGCAGAGGAUGCCGCAAAGAAACUUGAAAAUGAUGUUAAAAGUGAAAGAAUUUAA